CUUUUUAGAUUAAUCGGUCCCAUUUCCCGUCCUCCUAAUUCGGCCCUGGCCUUACUCGUAUCUCAACAGAGGACCGCGGACUUCAUUUCCGCCACCACCCCUACUUCCGGAAUCUCCGGAAGCGGCCCGUUGCCACGGCGACUGUGUACACAGCCCGGCAGCAGAGCUUGCUGGGUUUCUGUAGCUGCUAAUGCAGUGGUCGGGCUGCGGAAGGGCUCCAGCCUCCGGAGCAUAGUGACCGAAGAUGCACCCACAUAUGGAGAUUCCGCCACCCUCUGACUUCCAGUCAUGACCAUCACCACCAAUCACCAUUUCUUAAGCACCUGCUCUGUGCUGGGCACUGUUCCAGACUUUGAGGGGGGAUUCAAAAGAAAUGAAAGGCACAGUCCUGUCCCUCAAACAGCUUGUAAUUUAAUUUGGGAGGUGAAACCCACUCAAAUGAUGUGGCAUAAAAACGGUAACAAGCAUUAUUUCACUACAAUGGGUACUAGGAAAAAAGUUCAUGCGUUUGUCCGUGUCAAACCUACUGAUGACUUUGCUCAUGAAAUGAUCAAAUAUGGAGAUGACAACAAAACCAUUGAUAUUCACUUGAAAAAAGAUACUCGGAGAGGAGUUGUCAAUAACCAGCAGACAGACUGGUCAUUCAAGCUGGAUGGAGUUCUCCAUGAUGCCUCCCAGGACUUGGUUUAUGAGACAGUCGCAAAGGAUGUGGUUUCUCAAGCCCUCAAUGGCUAUAAUGGCACCAUCAUGUGUUAUGGGCAGACGGGAGCUGGCAAGACAUACACCAUGAUGGGGGCAACUGAGAAUUACAAGCACCGGGGGAUCCUCCCUCGUGUCCUACAACAGGUUUUUAAGAUGAUCGAAGAACGCCCCACACAGGCCAUCACUGUGCGUGUUUCCUACCUGGAAAUCUAUAAUGAGAGCCUGUUUGAUCUCCUGUCCACUCUGCCUUACGUUGGAUCCUUGGUCACACCUGUGACCAUCGUGGAAAGUCCUCAGGGGGUCUUCAUUAAGGGCUUGUCGGUCCACCUCACAAGUCAGGAGGAGGAUGCGUUCAGCCUCCUUUUUGAGGGAGAGACCAACAGGAUUAUAGCCUCCCACACAAUGAACAAGAACUCAUCUAGGUCACACUGCAUUUUCACGAUCUACGUGGAGGCCCAUUCGCGGACCUUAUCAGACGAAAAGUACAUCACUUCCAAAAUUAACUUGGUGGAUCUAGCAGGCUCUGAGAGGCUGGGGAAGUCCGGGUCUGAGGGCCGAGUCCUGAAGGAAGCCACCUACAUCAACAAGUCGCUGUCAUUCCUGGAGCAGGCCAUCAUUGCCCUCGGGGACCAGAAGCGAGACCACAUCCCCUUCCGGCAGUGCAAGCUCACCCACGCCCUGAAGGAUUCCUUAGGGGGCAAUUGCAAUAUGGUCCUUGUGACAAACAUCUAUGGAGAAGCCGCCCAGUUAGAAGAGACGCUGUCUUCACUGCGAUUUGCCAGCAGGAUGAAGCUGGUCACCACUGAGCCUGCCAUCAACGAAAAGUAUGACGCUGAGCGAAUGGUCAAGAACCUGGAGAAGGAGCUGGCACUGCUCAAGCAGGAACUAGCCAUCCAUGACAGUCUGGCCAACCGUACCCUUGUGAACUAUGACCCCAUGGAUGAAAUUCAGAUUGCCAAGAUCAACUCCCAGGUGCGGAGGUACCUGGAGGGAACGCUCGACGAGAUUGACAUAAUCAACCUCAGACAGAUCCAGGAGGUGUUCAACCAGUUCCGGGUGGUUCUGAGCCAACAGGAACAGGAAGUGGAGUCCACUUUGCGCAGGAAGUACACCCUCGUAGACAAGAAUGACUUUGCAGCCAUCUCUGCUGUCCAGAAGGCAGGGCUCGUGGACGUUGAUGGCCACCUAGUGGGCGAGCCUGACGGACAAGGCUUUGGACUCGGAGUCGCCCCUUUCUCCACCAGACCCGGGAAGAAAUCCAAGCCCAAGAAGAUGUUCAAAGAGCAGCUCAGCUCCUUGGCAAGAAAGGAGGGUGCCAGCAGCCCUGUGAGUGGCAAGGACUUGGAUGCUUCCACCUCCAAGACCCAGUUGACCCCAUCCUCCAAGGAUGGAGAUGUCAAAGACAUGCUUCUGCAGGACCAGGAGACCUCCAGUAUUGAGCCCCUUGCCUCGGAAUCCCCAAAGGAGGAAUUACGCCCACCCAGGCCCAGCACCCCACCCACCAAGCCUGUGGCCUUUGAGGACUUUAAGAAUGAACGGGGUAGUGAGAUCAACCGCAUCUUCAAAGAAAACAAAUCCAUUUUGAACGAGCGGAGGAAAAGGGCCAGCGAGACCACACAGCGCAUCAAUGCCAUCAAGCGGGAGAUCGACGUGACCAAGGAGGCACUAAAUUUCCAGAAGUCACUACGAGAGAAGCAAGGCGAGUGUGAGCAGAAGGGGCUGAUGAUCAUUGAUGAGGAAGAAUUCCUGCUGAUCUUGAAGCUUAAAGACCUCAAGAAGCAGUACCGGACAGAGUAUCAGGACCUACAGGACCUCAGGGCUGAGAUCCAGUACUGCCAGCACCUGGUGGAUCAGUGUCGACAUCGCCUGCUCACGGAAUUUGACAUCUGGUACAAUGAGUCCUUCUUUAUCCCUGAGGACCUGCAGGCAGCACUGAAGCCAGGUGGCAGCAUCCGGCCAGGCAUGAUGCCUCUCAGCAGGAUUGUGUCUCUGGGAGAAGAUGACCAGGACAGGUUCAGCCGGCUGCAGCAGACGAUGCUGCCAGAGGGCCCUGAUUCUGUCUCCUUCUACAAUGCCAAAGUCAAGACAGAACAGAAGCACAAUUAUUUGAAAACUAUGAUGGGCCUCCAGCAGACACACAGAAAAUAGGGACUCACUGCCAGUGCAUUGAAGGACGAAACCCCCAGCUACUCCUGCCUGCUCUAGAGGCACUGCCAAAGCACCUGCCCAGACUCCAGUCCCUCUGCUCCAGGCCUGGGCGCAGCCCAGAGAACACACAAUGGCCUGCCUACCAGGAGGAACAGCCUUCAAAGGACACCUUCGAAUACCUUCACAGAACACUUUUGGUUUUGAUUCACUGUCUUAUAUGCAGGGACAGGAUAAAAUAACUUUCUAGUUUGGCUUUCA